GAAGUUAGCAUCGCAGCAAAUCCAUUACUGAAGACUGACUUCUGUUUUCACAGGAUGGAGAACAACAGGGAUGAAGACUCUUCUACAGUCAAUGUCAACAAUGGCAAACGUCCUCUUAAUAUUCAAGGAGUUUUAGCAACAACAGUCCAGCACUCUUUUCUGUUGUUGAUGUGUUUGGGGGUGUUAAGUGUCGUGCUGGCUGCAAAAGUCCUCUACAUGGCUAUGGUGACGACCAAGCAGCAUGAAAAUAUCAACAGCCUUGCAACUGAAAAACGUCAACUGGUUGAUCAACAAAAGAUGAUGAAGAACCAGAUCAAGGAUAUGGCCCGAGAGAGAGACUCGAUCUGGGUCACCGAAGGAAUUAUCAAAGAAAAAGAUGAACUGAUCCAAGAUUUAGAGGAGUUUCAACGAGACUUAUUGGAAAUGAUCCGAGACAGAGAGAGGCUGAAACAAGACACAGAGGAGCUGAGAAAAGACAAAGAGGAGCUGAGACGAGACAGAGGGGUGCUGGACAAAGACGAAGAGGAGUUUUUCCGAGACAGCGAGAAGCUUAGAAAAGACAAAGAGGAGCUGAGCCAAGACAUAGAUGAGCUGAGCCAAAGAAAGCAGGAGAUGAAUCAAAAGAUAACAAAGUAUAACAAAGACAAAGAGGAACUGAGACGAGAGAAAGAGGAGGUGAUCCAGAAGAUAGAGAAGCUGAACAAAGAGAAAGAGGAGCUGACCAAUGAGAAACAAAAAGUGAGUGAAGACAAAGAGAAGUUGAAGGAGGAGCAAGAGGAGCUGAGAAAAGAGCAAGAGGAGUUGAGAAAAGAGCAAGAGGAGAGGAGAAAAGAACUAGAGAACCUGGAAAAAGAGCAAGAGUUGGAAAUGAUAAAGGCUCUGGUAAAUAUGACAGAGGAGCAGAUAAAUAUAAUGAAGGAGCUGAUUGAAGAGAGAAAGCAGCUGAAUAAAGAAGUAGAGGAGUUGGUCAAAAAAGAAGAGGAGCUUAUUGAGGAGCUUAAAGAACAUCUGAGAAAAGACAAAGAGGAGCUGAGAGAAGAGACAGAUGAGCUGAGCAAAGCGACAGAUGAGCUGAGCAAACAGACAGAUGAGGUGAACAAGCAGACAGAUGAGGUGAGCAAAUGGAAAGAGGAGCUGAUCAAAGCAAAAGAGGAUUUGGAAAAAGAGACAGAGAAGCUGCUUGAAAAGCAAGAAGAGCUGGAGAAAGAGAAAAGGGAUCUGAGCAAACAGGAAGCUGAGCUGGCUAAAGAGGAAGAAGAGCUGAGGACAAAGGAAGAGGAGCUCAACAAAACGAAAGAUGAGCCGAAUAAAGAGAAAGAAGAGCUAGACAGAAAAAGGAAGGAGCUGAUCAAAGAGGAGGAAGAGCUGGACGAAAAGGCAAAGGCCCACGACAGAGAGAAAUGGGAGCUGGACAACAAAAGAACGGAGCUGGACAAACAAAGAGAGCAUCUGAAAAACAACAAAAUUGAGAGGGAUAACGAGAUCGUGGAGCUGAGAUUAGAAAAACUGAGACCAAAAUGUCUGCAUUGCAGGAAAGGCUGGAUUUCCAAUAGAAACCGCUGCUACCUCGUUUAUGAUGUCGAUACUAUGGGGAAGAACUGGAACAAUAGUUAUCGUUUCUGUAUAAAUAAUGCUGCAUACUUGGUUGUAAUUAAUGAUCUGGAGGAGCAGAUAUUUAUCAACGAUAUAGCCCCUUUCUACAGACCUUCGUAUGGAUACUGGAUAGGGUUACAUAGAUUGAGAGACGCAUGGCUCUGGAUUACUGGACGUAAUAACACCCUUGACUUCUGGAUGAAGAAACAUACCUAUACUUCUGGAGCAGUACUGCAUUUGCCAGGACAAAGACACGGAGAGAGCUGGAUAGCAGCAGAGAAAGGGGUGCGAAACAGAUUCAUCUGUGAGAAUGGGAGGAUUUAUUGGCUUAACACUGUUCUAAAGUUUCAAUGAAUACUCAACUGUCUCUUCAGUUUUUGGUAAAUCUCACAAAUAAAAACACAAUUUCAGC